AUCACAGAGAAAUCCUGUGGGUGGGAAGUCAGUUCCCUGCUGUUUUAUUUUGGAGGGGAGGCAGCCUAACCUGAUAUAUGUAUUAUUGUCAGGCAAGGGGUUAAAAGUGUAGUGCCGAUGAUGUCAGUUCCUGUGCUUCUUUGGAGGGCUGGCUGUGCUAUUUGAGCCAGGCUCUCCCGCUUGAAGGAAAAGAGGGAGAAAAGAGGCAGAGAACGGGGAAAGGCUGAAUGGGACUCGAGCGUAGCUGUUGUGUGCAUGACUUUCGUGAGAUCCUCUUCCCCCUCAGGGCAGCAGCCCUCGUUUGCCUCGCAGGCUGGAGGUGAGCGGCAGGAGGAUGGCAACACUCUGUUCCUGAGCACAAUAUAACCUUGUUCUGACCAAGAACAAUACAAGGACAUCUUGAGGUCGGUCUAGGGAGAAGAAGGCAUUCAAAAUGGCAGAGGUCGCUGUUGAGAAUGGCAGCUGCAUGGACUGGCAGAAACGAUGCCUUGCAUUGGAGACACAGCUCUUCAAAUUCCGCCUGCAAGCUAGCAGGAUCCGGGAGCUUUUGGCUGAGAAGAUGCAAGAAUUGGAGCAAAGAGUGGUUGAGGCAGAACAGAGAGCCCAAAAUGCAGAGAAACAGUGUGAGGGAAUCUUUCAGGUGGAAGUUAUGGAAGAGAAGCUGAAACUUGCCCACAUGAAAACAGGCGGUUCAAGUGUACACAAGAAAUACCAGGAGCUGGUGAGCAGAGUGCAAGAAAAGGAUGAACUGAUCGAGAAACUGGAGACACAGCUGGAAAAACAGAAGCAACUGAGAGCGGAUGAUGCCAAAAUUGUCCAAGAAAAGGCUGCCAAAAUUAAAGACUGGGUGACAGCUAAACUAAGAGAGCUUGAGAUGGAAAACCAUUACCUCAAGGGUUAUAACCUGAAGCUGACUGAGCAGAUCAAAGUCCUCCAAGCAGCACUGCAAGAUUUGAUGACUGUGCCUUCUGAAGAAUCUGUUUCCAACUGCAACAUCCAGCUGUUUCGAGACCGAUUGUCAUACCUCCUUGAGAACUCAGACCAGGAUUCCAGUAUUCUUGCAAUGGACAUCAAACAGGCAUAUCAGAGGGUAUCCAUGAAAGGGGUUCCUUAUAUAGCAAGUGUGGUAUUUAUGAAUGAUGCCUGUGUAACGGGUGAGGUUAACAAAUCGGUGCCUUCUCGGAGCUCACUGAGGCUUAUCUCCGACUUCUCAGACUACCAGAACCCUUCGGUAAAUGACCUGGUUCCCAUGGCACACGCUCAAAUCUGCCCAUCAUCAAACCACCAAGCUGAGACUGUGAAGUUUCAUGGAGCUUUAACUUUUCAGUCUCCCCUGGAGGAACUGCAGAAUUCCAUUGGGGAUUCGGACAAGACAUUAUCUGACUUGUGCAAGCCAGCAGAUGGACUGAGUACUGACUUCAGAACUCAUAGGUUGCACUCAUCUGGGGAAGUGAAAAAUGUUCUUAAUGGUUCUCUUUCAACGUCAACUCCAGCCCUGAAGUUGCCAAAAUCCAUUACUUCAACCUCCCACAAUUUCCCAGGAAGGGAAGCUGGACUAGGUAACAGCAUGACCCUCCCCAAAGUUCGGACUCCUAGCAAUCCAAGGGACAGCAUCCUGCUAGCCAAGCGGCAUUAUAGCCAACCCCAGUCAGGUGCAGAUUCCUUCCAUCAUGCGGCGAACAAUGAUAUCGGCACUUUUAAGCCUAUAAGUGCUGCUUCACAUUGCCGGGGACAAGUGGAAGAGACGGAUAUAGAUGAAGAAGUAGCUGAAAACAUGGAGAUGGAAGACUGUUUGGGGGAGGAGGCAGGGAUGGAUGAAGAGAUUCAUCAGCAAUCCUGCUGUAAUAAGGAGACAUGGGCUUCUGAAACCAGAGUGAUGGACACAGGGGGCAAGCCACCCACUCCUCCACUGCACAGAUUUCCAUCUUGGGAGAGUCGGAUCUAUGCAGUAGCCAAGUCUGGCAUGAGGCUUUCAGAAGUGACUCUUGGUAGUGACUCAUCUUGCCGGACUUCAAAUUCUUCAAGCUAUUCACCCGCUGGAACGUUCACCUGCCUCAUCUACAGAAAUGUCACUGUGCCUGUGUACACCAUGCUAAAAGGGAAAGCUACCCAAAUCAGCAACGUUCCUUUCUUAGACGAGUCCUCCGGCUCUGAUGAUGACUGCAGCUCUCAUGCGAGCUUCAGAACCUCCAAUGCAGGAUCUGAAUGCAGAAAAACAAGCAUACCAGGCAGUCCUCGUGCAGUGAAGCGAGCAGGUGUCUCUAUGUCUUCGCUAAGCUCGGAGAGUGACUACGCCAUCCCCCCUGAUGCCUACUCCGUUGAUGAAGAUUAUUCUGAACCAGAGCACAAAUUGCAGAGGACAUCAUCCUAUUCCACAGAUGGUGGAGUGUGCAGUGAGCCACUGGAGAAAUCUGGCUAUUUGCUGAAAAUGGGCAACCAGGUGAAGGCAUGGAAAAGGCGGUGGUUUGUGUUGAGAAAUGGACAGAUCAUGUAUUAUAAGUCCCCGAGUGAUGUCAUCUGCAAGCCCCAGGGGCAGGUGGAACUGAAUUCUUCUUGCCGGAUCAUACGGGGUGAAGGAUCUCAAACAUUCCAACUCAUCACUGAAAAACGAACCUAUUUCCUGUCAGCUGACUCUCCUAACAUUCUGGAAGAAUGGAUUUGUGUCUUUCAAAACAUCCUGAAGGUGCAGGCGACCAGUCCUACGGAAGUCCCCCUUAGCGAUGCCAAACCCACUGUGAAAGGCUGGCUCACCAAGGUGAAAUAUGGACACUCCAAGCUGGUUUGGUGUGCGCUGAUUGGAAAAACAUUUUACUAUUAUCGCAGUCAGGAAGACAAGUGCCCCCUUGGCCAUUUGCACUUGCGGGAAUCAAAGGUGGAAGAAGUGGAUCGCUCCUGUGAUUCUGAUGGAGAUUAUGAAGCUAAUGGUGGGGGGCUAUUUUCUUCACAUUGCACCCUGGUUAUUCACCCUCCGGAGCAGAGUCCCACCUACCUACUCAUUCGUACCAAACAGGAGAAGGAUACCUGGUUGUACCAUCUGACAGUAGCAGCAGGAAGUAGCAGUGCAAAGGCAGGCACUGCUUAUGAGCAGCUGAUUGGGAAGCUACUAGACGCAGAAGGAGACCCAAAUUCUCCCUUGUGGAAACAUCCUAUGCUGUGUUACAGCAAAGAGGGGCUGCAGGCUUCCCUCACCACUCUGCCUUCAGAAGCACUGCAGACAGAGGCCCUCAAACUCUUCAAGUCUUGCCAGCUGUUUAUCAACAUUCCUGUGGAAGCUCCAUCUAUUGAUUAUCAUGUGACCCUGGCUCAGACAGCACUCCAGGUCUGCCUGACUCACAGUGAGCUACAGAAUGAAAUCUAUUGUCAGUUAGUCAAACAGACCAGCAGAGAAGCUCAGAAUCACUCCGUCAUCCAGUGCUGGCAAUUACUAGCUCUUUGCGCUCCUCUCUUCCUGCCUCAGCACCAUUUCCUUUGGUAUCUCAAGCAUCACCUACAGCAGCAUGCAGACCCCAGAACCGAAAUAGGCAAGUAUGCCAUCUACUGCCGAAGAUCAAUGGAGCGCACUUUGAAAGCUGGAGAGCGAGAAGCUAGACCUUCCCGAAUGGAGGUCGUGUCCAUUUUGCUGAGGAAUCCCUACCACCACUCACUCCCCUUCAGCAUCCCAGUACACUUCAUGAAUGGAACCUACCAGGUGGUAGGCUUUGAUGGCUCGUCUACCGUGGAUGAGUUCUUGCAGCGGCUGAACCAGGAGACAGGAAUGAGGCUGUCGUCCAACUCAGGGUUUUACCUAUUUACAGACGAUCCUUCUGGUAGGGAUCUAGAACACUGCCUACAAGGCCCUAUGAAGAUCUGUGAUGUCAUUUCAAAGUGGGAGCAAGCUCUGAAAGAGUUGAAUCCUGGAAAAUAUGAAGGUGGCACGAGAAUUGUGAAACUAACGUAUAAAAACAGGUUGUAUUUCCGGAGCCAAGCAAAAGGUGAGACAGACCGAGAACGAUUGCUGCUGGCUUUCCAGAUUAGUGGGGAAAUAGCCAGUGGGAGAUUCCCUGUCAAUAAGGAGCUGGCUCUGGAAAUGGCAGCUUUGAUGGCUCAGGUGGAAUAUGGAGACUUAGAUCGGCCAGUACCAUCAAGUCCUGGAAGGUCCUCCCACUCCAAAAUGCAGCAUCUUCUCCAGCAGGUCCUGGACAAAUUCUAUCCCAAGCGCUACAAGCAUAGCACUACUGCAGAGCAGCUAAGGCGGCUGGCUGACCGGUUGGCUACAAAGUGGAUGGUGCUGCAAGGAUGCUCCCCGCAAGAAUGCAUUCGGAUCCAUUUGACUGUGGCUCGGAAAUGGCCUCUUUUUGGAGCCAAACUGUUUCCUGCUAAGCCUGUCCUACCUUCCCCCUUGGAAGACUCUCCACUUUGGAUAGCUGUGAAUGAAGAUGGAAUCAGUAUACUGGAAUAUAAUACUUUGCACUUAAAGCUGGCUUACUCGUACUCUUCUGUACUGACCUUUGGAGGCUGUCACGAUGACUUUAUGGUUGUGGUCAGUCAAGUGAAGGACAGGUGCUCUGGCAAAACCACUCCUGAAAAACUACUUUUUACAAUGGCAGCUGUAAAGAUUGCUGAAGUGACUCUCCUUAUGGCCAGCUAUAUUAACUACAGUUCAUCGACACCACACCUGUCUCCUAUGCCUCCUCCUCAGAGCGUCAGUUCACCAUGGAGAACGUCAUCUACUAAGAAGCUCAUGGAACUUGAAAGCAGGUCUUUCUUUCCUUCUCUGCCCCGGACCACUAAGGGGCCUACACUGCUGUAAGCCCUGUUUCAAGUGCCUUUCGGAGUUGUCUUGCCACACUGUGAAUUGAAGACUGCUGUGAUUUCAUUGCUUAUGUGCCCUGCUAAUCAGGCAGACUCCAGGUCUACCUCCUUGGUGAAGUGCAACUUUCCUAGAGGCUUGUUUAGAGCUAUACACCUUUUUUCCCUUAAGAACUAGAGCUGGGGGUAGGGUUACUUACUUUGAAUAGAAGGGGUGUCUUUCACACUUUGUCCCUGCUAGAGCUCUAGCGUAACACGGCAUUGCCUCCGACCACCUUUUUGGGUGGCUUCGCUGAUUCCACGCACACGCAACUGUAUCAAAGCUUUUUCUUUUGCAACCAGGAUUUCUCUCAGACCUCACUCCCGACUGCUAGAGUUUUGAAAGCAUUCAUCUUCUUACUAAACAUGUGUUAUGAUUAGAAACGAAUCAUCAAUUUCUCAGCUAUUAAUUUCUUCCUGAAUAUGCAUUCAUCAGCUAUUGACCUGCAAACUUCCCAGGACAGAAAGCUUGGUUUGUGGUCUUCACCUGAUUGCCAACUUUUACUCUCUUGCCUUUCCCACUCUCCCCUGCAAAAAUAGCACUAUUUAUCUAAGAUCCUAUUUUCCCCAAAACCUUUUGUUUCCCUACCUCAUCUUCUGAAGUGUGCUGGGUAAAUGAGUACGUAUGUGCCAUAUUCCUUAAGACAUUAUUUCAAGUGCAAACAUCCUGAGAUGAUAGACUGACGACAAUGACAUUGUCAAACACACUGGAUCAGAGAAUUCACAUAAUAUGUAGGCAACUAGAAUAAUAUUUUGUUGCUUUGAAAAAGAGCCUGAGGGUGGGAAAUAUUUGCUUUCCCCAACUGCAAGGACUUUUGUACUGCAUAAAUGCUGUGUGUGUGUGUUUGUGUGUGUGUGUGUGUGUGUGUGUGUGUGUGUGUGUAAGAGAGACACCUGACGGGGGAGAACUAAAGAAAGGGCUUAGAAGAGGGAAAUAGCUACGUUGAAGGUUGUACUCUGGAGUCAAUUACUUUUGUACCUAUUUUUCACAAGCAUACUAUUUAGUACUCUAAAGAUGUGAUGAACUGGCUGAGAGGACUUGAUAUAGAUUAACAUAGGGACACCCAGGACCAAAAAGCAAUACUGUCUGGACCCCAAUAGUCCUACCAACUUUUGUGCAAGGUAUGAUAAACAUUUUGUCCAUACAUUCACUCAUGAACAAAACAUGAUUUGUUUUCAAAAGUUGUGAGAUACAGGGGUGUUCCACACUUUUGAUGUUUACACCUAUUUGGGUCUUCUACAGUGCCUCAGUUAUACACAAAUGUGUAUUAACUCUACAAAUGUGGAAUCCUUGCUGUUAGAUGGUGCUGACCUUACCAUUGACCCUGAGUCCCUGCAAGGAUGUUGGGAUGGUCUGGACCACAGUCUGGAGUGACCUAAAGAAUACAGAGGUUGCCCAUUCCUGCUUUAAUGGAUUAGCUAAAUAUGGGAAAUGGUUUCAUGCUGAAGUGUCAGGCAGUAAGUAAAAAAGAGAAAGUAUGUGAACAAGUGCCCAUGUUGCAAAGGGGGGGGGGGAAUACAAAAUAUAAGAAGGCUAGGUGUAUCUUAACUGGGCACUUGGAGUGUGCCCAAGAUAAAUCUAAAAGUUUCCAAGGGUACCAGUAUAAACAUAAGUCAACAUUGUGGUAUUGUGGCAGAAAUGGACAGUGCCAUUUGAAGGUGCACACACUAGUGGCAGCCAAUAAUGUGGAGCAGUGGAGAAAUUCACCAUGUGGUGAUGAUUCACAUGAUGAAUAAUAUUACACAUCACAGGAGAGAAUUUAAUAUGGGGGUCCCCAUUUGCAGUUAUAGUUGCAGUUCCAUUUCCCCUAUAAUAUAUAAUUGGAUUCUUUGCAAUAGACUUGUGAAGCAGAAGUAUCAAUUUUUUUGGCACUGGAAAGAACUUGGGUGGAAUGCUGUGUUCAACACAGUGAAUGCAGAUCAUGCUGACAUACCAGAAACAAGAGUUAAAAGGAUGAUCACAGGGUCUGGGAAACAAACCCUGUAGAGGGAGGCUGAAGGAACUGGGCAUGUUUAACCAAAACAAAAGACGGCUAAGGCUGCAAUUCAGAGCACACUUAAUUGGGAGUAAGCUCCAUUAAACUGCGAGACUUACUUGCAAGUAAGCAUGCAUAGGAUCAGGAUGCUUGAGGAGUACUGAUAUAUUGAGAGUUUUAAAAUUAUUUAAAGGAUAUCAAAAAAAUAUGCAUGAAAUCAAUUGGGCAUCCUGUGCACCAAGGAUAGGAAAUGAUACCAUGGGUUUGGGCUAUAGGAAGAUGGUCUUGGAUUAAAUAUUUGGAAACAGAUUAUAAGAGUACUAAUGGUGAGAUCAGUUCAGCAAUAGAAAAAGUUGCCUGGACAAUUUGCGGGAUGACUUCUUUGCAUAGGCAGGGGACAUUUAAGGAAUGGCUGUUUAGUAUUAGAAGUUUCCUUUGAUGAUCCAAAGGAUUUCCUUGUAACUGAACAAUUGCACACAUAGUACCUAGACUUUCUGAAUAUGGGGGGGGAAGAAACUACUUUGACUAAAACAUUUUCAAUCCAUGGUUGAUGGGUUUUCAUACAUGGUACAGCAUUAGGGUGGAAUAAUUUAACAUGUUUACUUUUGAACUAUAGUAAAAUCCAGGUAGUGUGCUUUUGGGGGAACUGGCAAAAACAUGAAUGAUUGCGAGAAAAUAUCCCGCAUAUAUUCUACUAGAUACUGUACCAUAGCAUUACACAAGGACAAUCCCUUGGCUCUUGCCAUAGAGGUGCAUUUUAUGAUGCAUUAUCUCAGGUGUAUGCUUUGAAAUGUUGGAACCACUAUAUUGUAUUUAUUUUUGGAUGUGCUCACUACUGACAUUUGUACUAGGACCACUUUGAAAUGGGAAGGCAUCUGAUGUUAUUUUGCCUCCCAGUUUGUGGCUUUAACACAAAAAACCCUUAUUUUUUUAGCAAUACUUACCUUUGGAACUCCUGCUUCCUUCAAAGGGAAGUGGUUAGCAAACAAAUAAAUUUCUAAAUGCUGUCCAUCUUGCCUUUAAAAAUAAGUGUUCUUCCAAUAAUCACUUGUGACAAAGCUGAUAGAUUGAUUAUAGGUACUGCUGUUCAGAUUAUUUUUCCAGUAAAAAUGUAUACCUAUAAUGUGAUUUGUACUGCAUUCCUGAAUAAUCUACAUUUCUAUAACAAAAAUAAGGAUCUGCAGAUCAUUGUUAUUUUAUUUGAUCUGUAUGGCCAUUCUCCAGCAUCCACGGACAAGCCAUAUGGCACUUGUUGUGUGUAGCAAAACCUUACAAAGGAAACACUUCUGUCCCAAAAGAACAAGAGCCCCACCCAUGCAGAUCCCCUUGCUGUGCAUCUGAAUCUGCAACCUCAGCAAAGUGCACAUCUGGAAGCAAAGCAGCAGCCUAAAACCAUACAUCAGGUUCCAUCUGCAUGGCCUGUCAACUGGCAGGAAGGUGUGUUCACAUCCUGUUACCUUUUUUAAAAAAAGACCAUGGAUAUAUUUGGACAGGAUCCUUUUAAGGUUCCUCUUAAAAACAGGUGAGGGCUGGUGAAAUAGCUAUAAUUUUUUUAUUAAAAAAAAAUCUCUCUUUGCUCCCAAUAAUCCUUUUCAUGUUGGUUGGGGCCAUUUUUCACGACUGCUGUUACAGCUGUUGGUUGUCUGUCCUCAACAACUGUAUUUUGGCUGGUUUUUUAUAUAUAUAUUUGUGGAAAGAGUUGUGGCCACCUGAGGAUGUGAAUUUUUCCUACUGUACUUGAAGCUUACUGUGAGAGCAAAGAACAGAAGGAGUCUACCACACUUGGACACUGUUUACUUCCAAACAAUGUGGCAAAAGUUGGAAUGUAUGUUCCAUUUAUUUCAACAGAACUUACUUGCUUCAAAGUAAUGUGUUUAGGGUUACGGGGUUGAGAACACUGUACAAUCAAAUCCAAACUAUCCACUGAAAAGAUACAGUACUUAUAUUUGGCCUGUUUCCAUGGAUACUGUUAGGUAUGCUCCAAUACUCUCGUUAAUGCUGCUGCUGGUAACAGCCCAACAACAGUACUCCCAUGUUAGAUGAGAGGCUGGAGCUGAAAUAUAGCAGCUUACUAGUUGAUCCCAGUGAGACCUAAAUCCAGCUUUCUCCUCUUAUUGGCAUUCAGAAAACUGUCUAUUGAAACCAAGAGAGGUUUGUGGGAUUCCGCUCUAGCAAAGUUUAUAAAAUUCAGUUGUGAACAGUUCUGUGCCCCUAACUGGAAAUUUGCUAUAGCACAACAGUGAAAAAGAAGACUUUGUUUUCACAACUACUCUUUUGUACAUAAAAAAACUAUGAUGUACUGUAAUGCAAUGAUGGU